CGACUUUCCCGCGUCGAAAGAACGCGUCCCUCCUGGCCCCGUCCUUGACUGACGUCUUUUGAGCAACAAUAACAUCGCACAUAUGGACGGGAACGGGGGAUGAAUCACGAAGGAUGGUUUGCUUGCGACAUGGAGGUGCUAGAUAUGCAGUAUGGAUCGUGUGACUUCCAUGAAGGUUGAGCCGCGUAACUCAAAACGCAUAUAAAAGCUGAGGUGCUCUGCCAAACUCCUCUCCGUUUUCCAAUCCAUCCCCACUCCCUCAAACCUCUCAGUAAGCACACCCAAAAUGCUCGUCAAAUCGCUCCCCCGUGCGUCGGCCCUCCACCGCCAACUGCCUCUGUUCGCUGUCGCCAGCACCAGGGUGCGCUUCAACACCACCUUCCCGCAACCCAAGCAAGCAGCCGAGAGCUUCAACGCUCGCCGUCCAAUCGAGGUGUUGAUCACCAACGAUCACCGCUCGUUUGACGAGCUGUUUGAGAGGUAUCACAAGACGAAGGGCGAUAAAGAGGCAAAGCAGGCCAUUGUCAAUGAGUUCAUCCGGGAAGUCGCCCAACACUCCAUCGCCGAGGAGACUGCGGUAUACCCACUGAUCGACGAAGUUGAAGGUGACAAGGAAGGCGACCACCUCCGCGCCGACCAUGCCGAGGUCAAGAACCAUCUGUUCCGCCUUGACAAGAUGUCGGUGGGGGAUGCGGGCUUUGACGAUUUGUUUGCACGAGUGGUUGCUGUGCUCAAAUCCCAUGCAAAGGAGGAAGAGACCAAACAUCUCCCGCUACUAGCCAAGAAAAUGUCCGAAAAGGAGCGUAUCGACCUUUCCUCAAAGUUCCUACGUCGCAAGGCCAUCUCCCCGACCAGGUCACACCCGAAUGCCCCGGACAAGCCUGCCUCUCUGGAGCUUCUGGCUGGCCUCCCCGUAGCUCCAAUCGACAAGCUCCGGGAUCAGACGCGCAAGUUCGCGGAACGUCGCAUCCCUCAACAGUGAGGAGUGCCGCCCUUGUAAACUCCUGAAUGUCUCUCUGCUGAAAGUGGGGUAGGAUAGGCUUCUUGGAGCUAUGCCUGAGUUUUGCUUCAUUUUGUAUUCAUAUUUUGAGAGGGGAAUCACAUUUUGGAUAGGGCGCAAGCU